CAGUGCAAAGCAUGCAGGAGUAGUUAAAACUCAUGAGAGGAACUUAAAAAGCACACAGGGGAUACAGGAAACCACACGUUUCAACACUGAAGAAGCUCUUCACUGAAAACAAGGGAAGUUAAUUUAAGUGGGCAUGAUGCAUUUACAAUACUGAGAGAGAGGAAGGCAGAGGCAGAGAGAGAGAGAGAGAGGAAGUUGGUCUUCCUAUCAUCACUGGAGAAUCUCACACUUCAGCUCUUCAACUACCGAGUGAUCAAACAUGACGGAAAUGUGAAAGUAAGAUGUUGAGUCCAUCGAGUCCAGCCCAGAAGAACCUCGGUGAAGAGGACAGCUCUGGAUCUGACGCAGGGUCAGAGCUUAGUCUGGAGCCUGAGACAGACCGCUUUGGGUUCAUUGUAACCAAUGGAUCCACAGCUGGGAGUGCGGGCCCACCCCCUGAGUUGGUCAGACAGAGGGAGGCCAAAUGGAUAAACAUCAUUCUCCAGUGGGAUCGCAUAUUGUUGAAGAAGACCAGCAAGGUCAAAGUGCAGUGUCAGAAAGGCAUCCCAGCCUCGCUCAGAGCUAAGUGCUGGCCUCUGCUGUGUGGAGCGACUGACAGGAUGAAACCAAACGAAAAACUCUACGAGACCCUGGACUCGCAGCCCGCUCUGCAGAGCUGGGUAGAUGUGAUCGAGAGAGACCUGGACCGACAGUUCCCUUUCCAUGAAAUGUUUCUUUCCAAGGAUGGACAUGGACAGCGCGGUUUGUUCCGGGUGUUGAAAGCUUACACUCAGUACCAACCAGAAGAGGGUUACUGCCAAGCACAGGGGCCUGUGGCUGCAGUGCUGCUGAUGAACAUGCCAGCUGAGGAGGCCUUUUGGUGUCUGGUGCAGAUCAGUGAGAAGUACCUGCCUGGAUACUACAGUCCUCUGCUGGAGGGAGUCCUGUUUGACGCGGCCAUGCUGACCUGGGUCUUGAAAAGGACUUGUCCAGCUGCACACAAACACCUGCAGCAUCACGGAGUUGAGCCCCUCAUGUUCGCCACCGACUGGCUGAUGUGUCUCUUCACACGACACCUACCUUUCAACACACUUCUGCGAGUCUGGGACCUCUUUUUCUGCUAUGGGGUACGGGUGCUGCUGCAGGUCGCAGUAGUUCUGGUACGUCGGGUGUUGGGCCGGGCUGAACAGAGAAAGCAGUGUCCAGGUCAGAUGGAGACUCUGGAGAAGCUGAGGGGAGUCAGGGAGCAGGUCCAAGAUGAAGACGAUGCCUUCAUCGCUGAGGUGUGCUCAGUGGCGCUGUCAGCCAGAGAUCUGGAGAAGCACACGGAGAAGGAGUUACAAAAGUGGAGGAAAGACAGACCCUCAUCCACCUUUGACCCAAGAGGCCGCUGCCAUGGAUACCGGACAGUUUGGGCGAGGGCGAGGCAGAGCAGGGAAGAACGAGAGAAGAAAGCGAGAGAGAAAGGGAACCUGUCCGUCCCUCUCGCCCGCUCGGCCUCCACUCUCUCUCUGUCUCCCUCCAUCCUUCACAAGAAGUGGAAGAAAGGCGGAAAGGCUAAUGCAGGCGAUUGGGAAGGUGGCGGCGGUGGUGGCAGAAUUGAAAGGCAACUCUCAAUGGGAGCAAAGGAGGACUGCAGGAGCUGGAGUGAGUUACAUUUUAAGAAAGUGCAGGGUGUUCAGGAGGAGGAGGAUGUAGAUGAACAUAAAAAACAGAGUGAGGCGAAACCAGCACCACAAAGUGAACAAAAGGAACCAGAAAAAAAUGAAAACAUCCAAACCAAACCAACAGAGCAGGCAGAAGAAACAGUCACGGUAAAAGUUCAUAAUGAACAAGAGGAAACAUUCAUCACUGAAAAGGAGGAAAGCCAACUCAAAGAGACAGAGGAAAACAAAAUGUUGCCAGAGCAGACAGAAGAAACAAAUGUGGAGACAGAACCAACCAAAAGUCCAAUUGAAGAUCAGACUGCUGAACAUAUUGUUGCACAGAGAAAGGAGCUGGACUCUAACAACCAGUCACAAGAUCAAAGCAAUGACCAGGACAUUGAGGUUGACGACACAAAUAAUGAGACAGAAGAACCAGAGGCAGAGAGUGAACCUACGGCUGCUGUGGAGGAAAACCAGACUGAGAUACAGACAGAUGCUGAUGCAGAUACAAACACAGAGGUGGAGAUGGAGGAAAGUGUACACCCAAGUGAGGAACACAUGGAUCAGUCUGACGUGAAACCAGAGGAGAGUGCAGAAAAUGAAAAUAUGCAACAGACUCAGGUGGGCUCAGUCAGAGAAGUCCCUGCAACAGCAAAUCCAGGCUCCGAGACAGGUGACGAAGUUGAAGCUCCAGCUGUCAAAGAUUGUACAGUAGAAACAGAGACACAACAGCAACAGGAGGAAGUGAUCGCAGAGACAGACAGACACUCACAGGGAGAUGCAUUUGAAAGAAAAUACCACAGUGCUGAGUCAUUGACAGAAACAGACAUGAAAGAAGAGUCCCACACCCAAACAGUGACAGAAACUGACGUACAGGUACAGACUCAAGAAAAAGUUGAGGAAAAUGCAGCCACACAGGACGACUUAGAGGCUGAGAUAGUACGAAUAGAUUCAAAUGAACAUGUAGACUCAAAGACAGAAGCAGAGACAUUAACACUGUGUACGCCUGACUGCAUCCAACCAGAGGAAGGCACUGACUUGAAAGCUGAUGCAGAGGCUGAAGCAGAAGCACCAGUUUCAAUCGACACUGUGAGGGAGUCGAGUGAAGCUCAGUGUUCGGAGGAGGAAGAGGGUGAGGCAACAGCAUCUGAACCCACACAGGAAAGAGAAGAAAUAGUUUUGCCUGCACACUCAGAAGUCGAAAAUGAUCAAACACAAGCAGCAGAAACUGAGCCGAAGGAGGAGAUUCCUGACUCCCUAGCACCUCCACAGGAGGCGGUGACUUCAGCACAAGGUGAAGAAGUGAGUCUCAGCGCUGAGCCUGAUGGGAUGAGUUCAGCAGGAAUGACCACCACUGAGGAACCUGCACCUGAACAACCAAAGAGUGAAGACACUUUGGAAGCUGUGGAAGAGGAAAAAAGCACCGAUAAUGUUGAAGAAAACACAGAGGACGACGUCUUUAUUUCGACUGAACCAGCAGACUCGAAUGCUGACAGUAAAACACAAGUCCAAGACAAAGAGUCUUGCCUCGUGAAAGACCCGACUGAGCCGAAUAACAGCGUCCUGCCACAAGCCACCGGUCGCCGAAACAGCCGGUCUUCUGGAGAUUUCUGCGUCCGUAAGUCGUCCAGCUCCCGUGGGUCCAGGUUAGGACGAAGGCUCUCUCAAGAUCUCUUCACUGUGCCACAGAAAACCAGCCAAUCAACUCCUGAUGAGCCAGAAGUUAAACACACUGAAUCACAGUCCAGUACUGAAGCUGUAAACCCAACCCAAACUCCUACUAAAGUGACUUCAGAAGUCGCCUCGUCACUGUCUGAAGAAGCGAUUGAGAGGACAGAGCUACAGCAGGAGCCACUGCCGGCCAACCCCCCGAAACGUUUUGGUCUCUUCCGCAGGCUGAAAGGAGAACAGCCCAAAAAGACCAAAAUGCAAGUGCCCAAAAUCUUGAUUCAGGACUUCAGUGAUCAAACAGGGACUGAGAAACUGCCUGAUGAAGAGGGGGAGGAGAAGCUGAGCUCAAGGGAGAGGAGGAGGAGGCGACGAGAGCGAGAGAGAAGAGAGAAGGAGGAGGAGAGGUUGAGGAAAAAGAGGGAGAAGGAGCUGGAGAAGGAGAGGGAGCGAGAGAGGAGGAAACCACAAACAAGGGGCAAAAGUUUCCAAGUGCAAAAAGAGAAAGGGAGCAGUGAUGAGCCUCAACCUAGAAAGACUGGACCUCGUAUGCUUAGAAAUUCUGCUUCUUAUGCUGAAUCUUACUUUUGACAAUAUACAAAUCUUCAGCUGUUAUCGGACCUGGAGGGAAGAGGAGGUGUUUGUCCUUCAGGCCUCACCUAGAUCUGUCUUGUUGAAGCGCUGGUUUGAUGGUUGAUGUGCAGAGAUCCUAAAUCUUUGUCAUACUUGAACCUUUUAAUAUGUAAAUAAGUGUUUACAUAUUUUUGAAAAAUAUGUUUCUUUUAUUCAGAGGAGCUUUUCUUUGUUGCGCCUUGAUCACAAACCAAACUGACUGAACAAAAAUAAACAGGAAGUGCUUCAUGUUCAUGUUCAACUCCACCAUUCACGUUACAGUUCAAUAAAAAGUUGGAAUACA